CGGAUCUAACGGAUGCAUCACGUGCCGCUCUAUCGUCCGUACCUCCCUGCACCUCUUCUCUUGCCUCGUCCCCUCUUCUCUAGCCUCGUCCGAUGAUGGUCUCUUCUUCUUUUGUCGUCGUGCUGACUGUGGUGCUGCUGGCCGGCAGUGCCGUCGCCAUACCUGAAGCUGCCUUCCUCGGCCAACAUGAGCAAGAGACGACGACUCCCGCUCCCGAGUCGGCUCCCUGCCCAGGUAAGCUGUCUUCCGACGCAUUCACCUUCUGUGCACUGGAUGGCCUUGUUGUGUUCCAGGUGAAGUGACGCGUAUCAACGGGUCGAUCGACGGGGUCCUUGGCACCGAGCAGUUCGGCCCGUUCACCUACGCAUCUGGAGAUGUGGCUCCCUUCCUCAUUGUGGCGCUGGACGCAGUAGUGGGCGACAUGGGCCUUGUCGUGUAUGACGCUGACGACGGGUGAGGGGAUGUUGAUGGGACCAUGAGCCAGCCCCACAAAUGUUUGUGUUUGUAUGCUGUGAUGUACCAUGCAGUGAGAUCGAUGAGAGCUUCUCCGCGUUCACCUUCAAGGAGAGCGACACGCCCGCCAACUACGAGCACGCCGUCAAGGUCAACACAGCCGAUUUCGGGGGCCAAGACGGGGUGAUAGUUGUCGUGAUCUGCCUGGCCAAGACGUGCCAAUUCGUAACUAAGACACAAAUGCAUCCCAUCUUGUCGUCGAUGCGUGGCUGUUGUUGCUCGUCUAGGAUCUUCUGGUCUUUGAGCACACGGGGUUUUGUGAGCCUCAGCUCAAGCCCGGCGAGACGAUCACAGGUGGGCAAGAUGUGUAGCUGUGAUCGUAGCGCUGUUUGUCGUUGCGUAUGCAGGCGUCUGCACGUCCAUCGCUCUAUUCGUGCCCACUCUGGACGUCCCGCCAUCCCUGGAGGGCGAGCCACUCGCGACGAUCCAGUCGCGGCCCGCCAAGACCAAGGUACGACACGGACAGACACGCCACGCAAAUGGACAAUGAAAGCACUGCGUCACUCGUGUCUUCCACGUGACGUCAGGCACUCUCGACAAAGCUCAACAUGAAGAAGCCGAAAGGUGAGUCAACUUGAUGGCCGCACAGUCCACGACUGGAUAUACGAAUCAUCCCUCUGUGCGUCCAUCACAUGCUCAUGAUGUAGCAGCAUCUGCUCGCCGGGAGGUGGAGGGCCUGUUCGGUUGCCCCCUUCUGACUGCGCUCCUCGAGGACAGCGAACCAAACAACGCCACGGGCAACCCCACCGCCAACAUUGUACAGGUGGGUGAGAGAGGCAGACAUCAUCUCUUCUGCGUGUUGCCGGAAUUCUGCUCUAUUAAUUUUUGAUCAGAACGGCACUGAUCAAUCUCUGCUGGUGGACCUCCCCUUCGCUCUCGCGAGUGGCUUCCCUCAAGUGGUGGUCGCGGCCAACUCAGUCCAAGGCAAUGCCAACCUCAUCGCGGCCGUAGAUGAGUACGAAAGACAAUGAUGGAGGGCAUAUGUCUGUCUCUGCAUGUGUUGGUGUGCCUCUGCAGCGAGCCCUUUGGCGUGUCUGAGAAUCCGUCUGGAGAGGCCGACGCCGUGUACGAAGAUGCGCUGAUCGUGCCGACCGAUGCUGGAAGCAAACUGGAAGUGUUCGUCACGGCAGCUGACGGCGAAGACGCCAAUGCGGUACGGAUGCACACGCAGCCCUUCCUCCUCCACUUAGGUCAUGUGUGUAUGUCAUGUGCACGCGGAUGUGUGGCGUGUGCAGGAAGUGGUGGUUCUGCUCUUCGACGGGGCGUGCACCGUCCCCUUCGAAAUCACACCCGUGGAUGUCCCUACUGUCCCGGUUUCUGACGGUGGGGGCGCCGAGCGAUGAGGCGACAAACCAAGACAAAUUCAUAUGGGAUGGGACACGCAUAUUCAUCUUGUGUUCAUGUAUGUCGACUCUGUGGUUGAUGGGCCUGAGCGAGAUUUUCCUGAGACCUGCCAAUGGACAGUGUGUCUCUCUCGCUGCGGGUUUCGGCUUUUCCAACACCGAAUACAUUCUUGUUUCUUCUCAGUGCCUAACGGCGGAAUAGCGGGCCUUUCUGUCCAUUUUUGCCAUGUAUCUAUAGUGCGGCCUACUGGACUGUGUGUACGACACCACAUCACUCUGUAGACGUGUCUUUGAGGCGUCUUUGAGGUCGCUUUGCUGGCUCUUUGACUUACUGAUGUGUGUUGCUGCGUCGCGGGCGACGGGAACAAGGGGUAGGGGUCGCGGGGCGAUGACACAGUGUAUGGGAGGGGGUUGACGCAGUGGGCGGCAAAGUUUGGCGCGGCUGUUUUGUCGGAGUCCGCCGUCCGCCUCACUGACUGCUCAAAUGCACUCACACGCACCACUGCUCUCCUCAGCAGAGCACAUAGUGGGAUGCGGGCAUAUGUAAGGGACUGCAUGACGCUGCGAUGUUGGGAAAGAAGGGAAGGUCAAAAAGGGCCGGUCUCUUCAAUUAGCUACCUUAACGGGAGGGACAAACACGUCUGUUGGAUCAAACACUGUACACGUACAAUCAAAGCCAUCGAAGACUGAAAAGAUGAGUGUCAC